ACCACCACCACCACCACCACCACCGUCACCUUAUCCGCUCUCACCAUGCUCGCCCAGCGACUCGCCGCUUUCUCACAAACCACAGCCCGAUCACUGGCUUCCAGCGCCAGCCCGUCUUCGCGGUGGUUCGCAUCCGUCGCCACGCAGCGACCCAGCACGAUGACCACUCUCGUUGGUGCCAGAUGCGCCGGAGCCGUGUCCCGACCAGCGGGCGGCUUCAUCCCAAACACAUCGGUUCUCGCCUCCCCCGUCGCCCUCCUCCUCCGAAACCAGUUCCACUCGACUCCAUCGUCUCAUGCGACUCUGAGCCAGGUAACUCGAGGCUGCCGGGUCAAGCGGACAAAGCAGUCCAACGCACCCUCGCUUGAAGCCUGCCCCCAGCGUCGCGGCGUCUGCGUUAAGGUCUUCACGAUGAAGCCCAAGAAGCCCAACUCGGCCCAACGCAAGGUCUGUCGAGUCAAGCUGACGACCGGCAAAAUGGUGAUUGCAUACAUCCCCGGAGAGGGCCACAACCUGCAAGAGCACUCGGUCGUGCUCGUCCGCGGCGGCCGUGUCUCGGAUUGUCCCGGUGUGCGCUACAAGGUCGUUCGAGGCAAGCUGGACUGCCAGGGUGUCGUCGGCCGAGUGAUCUCGAGAUCCAAGUACGGAUGCAAGAAACCCAAGGGCGAUGCCGGUGCUGGUGCUGGUGCUGGUGCCGGAAAGAAGGGCAAGAAGUAGUCCGCUACUUUCUCAUCCCCCUCCCUGGAGUCCUCUCG